CAGUUGUUUCCCAAAGUUGGGAGGAAAAACACAGAGGAAAAUAGUAGUGUAGUGAAAAUCAUAUAUUGUUAUUAAACGUAACCUUACAACAAGAUUUAAUAUGGCAUUCCGCCAGGUUGUCUCCCGGGGGGCGCUGGUCUGCAGUCGUUCGUUCAGCAGGACCGCAGGAUGUUCAAGCCGCCUAUACGAGCCCGACUACAUGGAGUUACUGAAACCCAAGUACCCGCUCUACGAGAUGCUCAACUUUACCAUCAAAGGCUACGAUUAUCCGUUGCUGGAGAGCUAUCAGAAAUUCAUCCACAACGUUGCGGACUCGAUGGACCUGGAUAUAGUCGAUGCUUACGCUCACCCACCGCAAAAACUGAAUGUACAGAAAUUCAAACCAAAUUCCAGUGUGAUCGAUAGCGAAUACAAAUUGACGGUCUAUGAGCGCACCGUACAGAUAGAUAAGGUCCAAGCGCCACUGUACCCAUUGUUCCUGCGUACACUACAAGCAGCUCUACCCGAAGGUGUUACUUUAAAGGUAGCAGAACAUACACCAGAUCAGGACGAAGCACGCUAUGUGCCCGAUAGAGAUUUGAAGGAACUAAAGCAACAACUUGAUGAAAUGGGAGGCGCAUCGAAAAAGAAAUAAAUCAAUAA